AUGAAAGAAGUUUUUGAAACGAAUAUUCUAAAUAAAAUUUCAGUAUAUGGGGGAAACAAAGGACCAGGUAACACCACUGUUAGAGGAGGUUGUCUGACACUAAGUGUUGGUCGUUGUGGUCAACUUAUGAAAAUUGGAGAAUUUUGUUUCCCUUUCGUUGAGUCACCUGAUUUUAGUACCUUUAAUGAUGAAUGUCUGAACCAACAAACAAGUAAUUCUGGUUAUGUGCUGAAAACACGUGAAGAGAAAGCAAACUGUUCAGAUCAUUUGCAAGUCAUGGUGAACAAACUUACUACAUCUGGUUUCAACAUACCUGUUGAUGUACUUGUUUGCAAAAUUAUAGAUCUUUGUUGUAUUAUAAUGCAAUACUGUAUGAAAACUACGUAA